AUGAAUAGCAGCUUCUUUGCUGAAGACCCUUGGGAAAAUGGUUGGACAGAUAGAUCUAUUGAGACAGGCCGCAAUAGUGAUCUGAUGCUGCCGGCUGUUGAUCACAACGACAGCCACCACCCCCAUCACGAUUCAGAUCCAACAGAUGAGGUUAGUGUCUUGUUGAAACCUUUGGUUGAUGCUCAUAAACUUACGGCUUACCAGACAAGAGUUAUAAGAGGAAUCGUAUACGAUCAUAGUCUCUAUCCUGUUUCCGAUAAGACCAAUUUUGAUCAAAUCUGUGGGUUGAUAGCUUUAGAAUUGGAUGGUACAGGUGCUGAUUAUACCACUUUACAAAUGAGAAGAGGGAAUGUAACCCUCGAUGAUUCAAUUAUGCAACUUCUAAGGCCUUCAACUAACCCUAUUAAUGAUGACAAGAGUCAUUCAAUAACUUUGGGAUUACACAGUUCUACCAUAGACGAUCCAUUAACUUCAAACUUGGACCAAUCAGUGUUAGCUUCUUCAAUGCUUUCAGAACAUCGUGAUAAAUUAGAUGGUGGUGAGAACAAUACAAUUAACUCGGAUGAUAUCGAUGAUAAUGAUGCUAAUGUUUUCAUAAAUUCCAUUCGUCAAUCCUUCCGUCUGGUUGCAAAUCCUUCGGUCACGAUCAAAGAGGUACCCGAACGAGAAGGUCUUAUAUUCAAGCAUAUAAAUUAUGUGGUUUCAACCAGUAAAGCAAAAGUUCUUCGUCGGUAUUCGGAUUUUGUCUGGCUUCUAGAAGUUCUUCUUCAUAAAUAUCCUUGCAGAGUUAUCCCCGGAUUACCUCCCAAAAAGUUUUCAGUAGGAGCGGCUCCAGAUUCUCAGUUUCUUCAGAGAAGACGUCGAGGGUUGCACAGAUUUCUCAACCAGGUUCUUAAACAUCCUGUUUUACUGGUUGAACCCUUAGUCGUGUCAUUUAUGACAGUACCAACGGAUUUGGCGACUUGGAGGAAACAAGCAAGAAUCGAUACCAGUGUGGAAUUUCAAGGUGAAAAAAUCCUGGCAGAUUUUAUUCAGAAGGUUUGGCCUGGAAUUGCAUCUCGUUUCCCUACUCAAUGGUCCAAAGCAGAAACAGUUAUGGCCCAAGCCAUUGAAAUGUGGACUAAAAUCGUUGUAUUGGUGGAAAGACACGAAAAACGACAACAGCUUAUGGCAAUGGAUAAUGAUCGGUUUGUGGAGACUGUUUCAUCAUUUAGAAAGCUCAAUCUGGGUCUUUAUGGAGCCAAUGAUGAUCUUGGAAUGAUCAAUGAUUCUCUUGAUGUUAUAUCUGAAUCUUUUAGCAGAACAAGUCAAGCUUUAGUUGAUGAAAGCUAUGCAGUUAAUACUGUUGUACUAGAAAAGUUUAAGAAUUAUGUGGAUUAUUUAUAUUCUUUCCAAGAGCUUUGUGAGCGAGUUAAACGGCUUAGGUCCAAUACCAUACCUCAAUUGGAGCAAAGAAUAAAGGAUAAUGAAGGGAAAUAUCGUCAACUCAGUACUGAAAGUGCUGAUGCUAAAUCCUCUGAAUUGGCUAGAUUGAAAACAUCCAUUGUCAACGACAAACAAGAACUCUUCCAACAAAUGAACCGUGAAUGGUUAAUUAAACAUAGAUGUCUUGAAGAGUAUGUCAUGUUCCAAGAAACACAAUAUUUAAUCAGCGAGGCGUGGACAGAAUGGACUCGGGGAAGAGUCAAAUUUCAACAUAAGUUGACAUCAUUAUCUGAUUCUUUAGGUCAGGAGAUUGUUGAUGUAAUGCCAACUGCUAAUGAUGGAACUCAAUUUUCGUUUUAA